UAUCAGCACGCGCUCUCUCCCUUUGCCGAAAGUGAAUGGGAAAAGUAGAGAAGUUGAGCCAACCGUCGAACCAUCUGCUCCGUCAUCGAUUACCAUGACGAAACCAAAUAAUGCCCCAAAGAAACAGUCAACAUUCCGUCGUGUACCCCGUGCAAGUCUCACUGCAAGGUCAUCUCUCCCUUCAUCACCAUCACCUCUACGCCCUCUAGGUUCCAAUACUCACGCUGCAUCCUCUUCCACAACUUCUCUUCAAUCUGAACCGCCUUACUCGCCGGCGAUGCAUCACCGUGUCACAUCCCUUGGUUCGGUAGUCACAACACUGGCUGAGGAGAGACCUCACUCGACAUUGUCGUUACCC